AUGUCCGGAGACGUCGAGGCUCCGGCAGGUGGGAAAGAGGCCUUGGAGAUUCGUCCGGCGCAUAGAAAGGAACCAGAGGAAUCACACCGAGGGAUCGAUGAGAAAACGGCGACAGUGUCAAACGAGAAAGAGGGUGCAGUGUCAGUCGAAUCCCAGGAGGAGGACGAACCGGAAUACGUCAAGGGGCAUCCCAUCAUUCGGAAUGGUGCUGAUGUUUCCAACUUCAUCAUCUCCGACCGAGAUGACGGGGACCCGGCGUUGACCUUUCGCUCGAUCGCCCUGGGCACUGUCUUCACUGCUCUGUCCAGCGUCAUCACCAUGCUCUAUACAUUCAAACCUACCCAGAUGCAGGUGUCUGCGAUCUUCCUACAGCUUCUUGUCUACAUCUUCGGCCAAGCAUGGGCCCUGUUCACUCCCCGUCCGGAACGAUUUAAAUGCAAAUGGCUGCAGAAUACGCUUCGUUUCCUUAAUUUCGGACAGCCUUUCCGUAUCAAAGAACAUGUCAUUGCCGCGCUCAUCGCCUCCUCCGGCAACAACGGUCUGAACGGAGUGGAAGUCUACGCUGCAGAGAGACUGUUCUACGACAGAAGUGUCUCUGCGACCACUGCUGUUCUGGGGACCUUCUCCAUGGCGCUCUGCGGGUUUGUCCUGGCAGGGGUGUUACGGCCCCUGAUUGUCUAUCCCGCCGAAAUGGUAUACUGGUCGACGUUGCCGCAAGCAGUGCUCUUCCAGAAUCUGCACUUCGACCAGCGUGCCAACAAGGACCGGCUCAUCAAGUUUGGCUGGGCGCUGGUGUUUGCUGCCAUCUGGGAAAUCUUUCCCUCGUACAUCAUGACUUGGUUCGGGGGCAUCUCUAUCUUCUGUCUUGCGUCGAUGCAUGCUCCUAAACACACCCGGACCAUCUUUACUACGAUCUUCGGAGGUGCAUCGUCGAAUGAGGGCAUGGGUCUGCUGAACUUCUCCCUCGACUGGCAGUACAUCCAGAGCACAUACCUCUCUCUGCCCUUGAAGCAGCAGCUGAAUACCUGGAUCGGCUAUGUGAUCUGGUACGCCGUCAUGCUGGGAUUGUACUACGGCAAUGCGUGGGAUGCUAAGAAGUUCCCCUUCAUGUCGACAUCCCUCUUCCAUAGCAACGGCACCAAGUUCUCCACAACAUCCAUUCUGAACGACCACGGCACGGUCGACUUCCAGAAGCUCAAGGAAGUGGGCAUCCCAUCCAUGUCCUCCAGCACGGCCUGGGGCUACUUCACGGCCAACCUGGCCAUCGGCGCGUUGAUCGCGCACGUCUUCAUCUUCUACAGCAAGGACAUGUACCUCUCGCUGAAACAGGCGCGCAACAAAACCCUCCGCGACAGACACUACCAGGGCAUGCUCAAGUACAAGGAAGUCCCGAUGUGGUGGUAUCUGGUACUCUUCUUGCUGAGUUUCAUCGCGGGGCUGAUCGUGAAUAUCAAAGGCGAGACCACACUCCCGGUAUGGGGAUACAUCGUCUCGCUCCUGCUGGGUGCCUUCAUCGCCCCGUUUUCCUGCAUCCUGUACGGCCUCUACGGAACCGGCGUGGACACCAGGCAAAUCUCGAAGAUCAUCGCCGGCGUCUCGCACCCGGGCCGUCCACUCGCCAAUCUCUACUUCGCCAGCUGGUCGCACCAGGUCAUUCUCCUCGCCGUCAACCUGGCGAACUGGCUCAAGAUCGGCCAGUACAUCAAAGUCCCGCACCGCGUCAUGUUCGGCACACAGAUCUACGGUACCCUGCUAGGCGCCGGCCUGAACUACGCUGUCAUGACCACCAUCGUCACAAACCAGCGCGAGAUCCUCCUAGAUCCAAUCGGAAACAACGUCUGGAGCGGCUCGACAAUGCAAAGCCUCAACGCUCAAGCCGUAACCUGGGCUCUGGCAAAGGAAGUCUACGGACCAAGGGGCCAAUACCUCAUCGUGCCCUUGGGCCUGGUAAUCGGCCUCGCCUUACCCGUCAUCCACUGGGGUCUGAUAAAGCUGUUCCCCCGUCUGAAAAAAUGGCCCAUUAACACCGCCAUUAUUAUUUCCUACGCGGGACUGAAAUACUACGGGAACACCUCAUGGCUGUGGUCGUCGAUUGCUGUGGGUAUCUUUUCGCAGGUCUGGCUCCGACGUAGACUGCCGGGGAUUUACAACAAGUAUAACUAUCUGAUCGGGGCCGCAUUGGAUGGGGGGUCGCAGAUUAUUAUCUUCAUCUUUUCCUUUGCCGUCUUUGGGGCGAGUGGGCAGUCGCAUCCGUUUCCGACUUGGUGGGGGAAUCCGGCUGGGAAUCCAGAUCAUUGUUUGUAG